AUGCCCACUCUGUUCAUCGCAGCCAUGUACAGUUAUAUCUAUUGUCGAACCAAACAAAGUUCAAAUAUUACACUGUCAAAUGUGGCAGCAAGAAAUCAUAAACGUGAUCUGGAAGUUCUGCACAAUAUUAUGAUCUUACUAGGAACUUAUGUAGUUGGUGGAACACCAACAUUACUUUAUUUCAUUACACGAAUUCAAGUUUUUUAUCAGAUCGGAAUUGCCUUUAUGCCAUUAGCAGUUGCUAUUGAAAAAACUGUCACCAUUCUUCUCAAUCGUGAAAUUCGAACUCAUAUUGGUUAUACAGCAGCAGCAUUAGCUCAUAGAACACCAAAUUAUCGUGAAUUAGCAAUAAAAAUAUUGAAAGAUUCGAUUGAACGCAUGCUAACAAUCAAAGUAUGGGGAUAUAUUGACUAUUAUUGGAAAAAUGCACCUACAUUUCCUGAUCCUGUUUGUUUUGAAAAUAUAAUGUAUAGGGGUCAUUUAUUGCAAUUAUUGACACAUUAUGAGAGCAUUUCAGGUGAUUUCACAUACGAUAUUGAUGGAUUCUAUUUCAUAUGGGAUAAAUAUGGAGAUCCAAUAACUAAGAUACAUUAUACUACAACAUACUUAGCUUAUGUUAUUUAUCGUCAAAUGAAUGAAGAAUCAUCAGCUGGUGUAACAUGUGAACCGGGAUGGGUUUAUACAAUUUGCCAAAAUCAUCCACAUCUUGCCUUAAGACUUUAUGAUAUUGUUCGUGAUGGUAAAACAAAUUUUUCUCGAAUAUCAUCAAAAUGGAAAGAUUUUUUAACAAAACAUGCUUUAGAAGAUAUACCUCUUUAUAAAAAUGAUCGAUAUUUUAAAAUGCUAUAUCAAAAAUCUACUCACAUCUGGGUCCCAUUUUUUGCGUCAACAGGUAACGAUGGAUGGACUUUAGCAUGGAUGUCCUCAUGGUUUGAUCAGAAUGAGACAUCAAAUUUUAUUUGUGAUGGUUGGAAAAUAAUGUAUAAAAAUAAAUAUUGGAAACCAUCGACAAACCAUACACAACCAGAUUGUUUUUUAGAUAGUGGUGGUUAUAUUGGUGUUCGUAUGCAAUUAAAUAGUUGGGUAGCAACAGCGUUUUAUCCGAUUGUCGAAAAACAAUAUUCAAUAGAAGCAACAGAAAAAUUAAAUUGUACUUAUUCAUGGUUUGAUAAUAAUUUUGGGACCUUCUUAGAUACAGAUAAUGAUGGUUACUUUGAAUCAUAUUAUUAUGAAACAAAUACAAUCUAUUCGAAUUAG